UCAUUUCAGUCACCAUACCCAGAAUGCAAAGUGAGACGCCGAAACCUCAGCAGCAGCAGCAGCAGCCGCCUCAAGCUUUUCAGGUUAUCAUGGUGUUAAGAGACACGUCUUCCCCUUGAACCCCCGCAGCAACAAAGAAUUUCUUCCUCCGCUACAUGAAAAUACACACCGGGUCUCAUGCAGCGAGGAGACCUGCCGGAGUUUUAGCUCAGAUUGGUGAAAGGACAUAGCGAGAGACGGUCAUGGCAGCGUCCGAGCUGUACACAAAGUGUGCUCGGGUGUGGAUCCCCGAUGCAGAGGAGGUGUGGAAGUCUGCUGAGCUGACCAAGGACUACAAAAAUGGGGACGCCUCCCUGCAGCUCAUGCUGGAGGAUGGAACGAACAUUGAGCACAAACUGGACCCCAAGACGAAGAACCUGCCUUACCUGCGAAACCCUGACAUCCUGGUGGGCGAGAAUGACCUCACAGCGCUCAGCUACCUCCACGAGCCGGCCGUGCUGCACAACCUCAAGGUCCGCUUUGUCGACUCCAAGCUCAUCUACACUUACUGCGGAAUCGUUCUGGUGGCCAUCAACCCGUAUGAGACCCUGCCAAUCUACGGCACAGACAUCAUCAAUGCCUACAGCGGUCAGAACAUGGGAGACAUGGACCCACAUAUCUUCGCUGUGGCAGAGGAGGCUUACAAACAGAUGGCCAGGGAUGAGAGGAACCAGUCGAUCAUUGUGAGUGGGGAGUCUGGAGCGGGAAAGACGGUAUCAGCCAAAUACGCCAUGAGAUACUUUGCCACUGUCAGCGGCUCUACCAGCGAGGCCAACAUAGAGGAGAAAGUCUUGGCUUCCAACCCCAUUAUGGAGGCCAUUGGAAAUGCAAAAACAACCCGAAAUGACAACAGCAGUCGCUUUGGGAAGUACAUCGAAAUCGGCUUUGACAGCCGCUACCGUAUCAUUGGCGCAAACAUGAGAACGUAUCUGCUGGAGAAAUCACGAGUGGUGUUUCAGGCGGAUGAGGAGAGGAAUUAUCAUGUCUUCUAUCAGCUCUGUGCUUCAUCCCAUCUGCCCGAGUUCAAGACUCUGAAACUGAGCAGUGCAAACAACUUCUGGUACACCAGGCAGGGCCGCAGCCCUGUUAUCGAUGGGGUGGACGACACCAAGGAGCUUUGCACCACUCGCAAUGCCUUCACUCUGCUCGGUAUUAAUGAGUCCUAUCAGAUGGGUUUGUUCCAGGUUUUGGCUGCUAUUCUUCACCUAGGAAACGUGGAAAUAAAGGACAGAGAUGCAGACAGCAGCGUCAUUCCUCCCAACAAUCACCACUUAAUGGCAUUCUGCGAGUUGGUAGGUGUGACCUACCAGGACAUGUCUCAAUGGCUGUGCCACAGGAAGCUUAAGACGGCCACAGAGACCUAUAUCAAGCCCCUCCCGCGCCUGCAGGCCACCAAUGCCCGUGAUGCUCUGUCCAAACAUAUCUACGCCAAGCUCUUCAACUGGAUUGUGGAGCACGUCAACAAAGCCCUAAUCACCAAUGUCAAACAGCACUCCUUCAUUGGGGUCCUCGAUAUCUACGGGUUUGAGACAUUUGAGAUCAACAGCUUUGAGCAGUUCUGUAUCAACUACGCUAAUGAGAAACUCCAGCAACAGUUCAACAUGCAUGUGUUCAAGCUGGAGCAGGAGGAGUACAUGAAGGAGCAAAUCCCCUGGACUUUAAUUGACUUCUACGACAAUCAGCCCUGCAUCAACCUCAUAGAAGCCAAGAUGGGCAUCCUGGACCUGCUGGAUGAGGAGUGCAAGAUGCCUAAAGGGUCGGAUGAUUCAUGGGCUCAGAAACUUUACAACACCCACCUGAAGACCUGCUCUCUCUUUGAGAAGCCACGCAUGUCCAACCGAGCCUUCAUCAUCCAGCAUUUUGCAGACAAGGUUGAAUACCAGUGUGAAGGUUUCCUGGAGAAGAACAAGGACACAGUGAAUGAAGAACAGAUCAACGUCUUGAAAGCCAGCAAGCAGAAGUUUGACCUGCUGAUGGAGCUGUUCCAGGACGAUGAAAAAGCCACCAGCCCCACUGGUCAGGUCCCUGGAACAGGAGGUCGCACCCGCCUCAGCAUCAAACCGGACAGGAGCCGAGAGAAGAGCAGCAAGGAGCACAAGAAGACCGUCGGCUGCCAGUUCCGUAACUCUCUGCAAAUGCUGAUGGAGACUUUGAAUGCAACCACUCCACACUAUGUACGCUGCAUCAAACCCAAUGACUUCAAGAUGGCCUUCUCGUUUGAUCCCAAACGUGCAGUGCAGCAGCUCAGAGCCUGUGGUGUACUGGAAACCAUCCGCAUCUCUGCUGCAGGUUUCCCAUCCAGAUGGACGUACCAGGAGUUCUUCAGUCGUUACAGAGUGCUGAUGAAACAGAAGGACGUGUUACCUGACAAGAAGUUAACUUGCAAGAAUGUUCUGGAGAAACUGGUUGAGGACCAGGAUAAAUAUCAGUUUGGUAAGACAAAGAUCUUCUUCAGGGCCGGUCAGGUUGCCUACCUGGAGAAGUUAAGGGCGGACAAGUUGCGUGCCGCUUGCAUUCGUAUUCAGAAAACCAUCCGUUGCUGGUUGGCACGCAAGAAGUAUCUGCGCAAGCGCAGCGCUGCCAUCACCAUCCAGAGGUUCACCAGAGGAUACCAGGCUCGCUGCCUGGCCAAGUUCAUGCGCCGUACUCAGGCAGCCACCAUCAUCCAGAAGUACCGGAGGAUGUAUGUGGAGAAGAAACGCUACAGGCAGAAGCAGGCUGCCGCUCUGGCCAUGCAAACAAUCCUCAGAGCAUACAUGGCCCGGCAGAAGUACCAGGCGCUUCUGCGAGAGCACAAGGUGGUGAUCAUUCAGAAGCACGUCCGUGGCUGGUUGGCUCGAUGCUGGUACAAGCGCUGCCUCCACUCCAUCGUCUACCUGCAGUGCUGCAUCCGCAGGAUGAGGGCCAGGCGCGAGCUGAAGAAGCUGAAGAUCGAGGCUCGCUCAGUGGAACACUUCAAGAAGCUCAACAAAGGCAUGGAGAACAAGAUCAUGCAGCUGCAGAGGAGAAUCGAUGAGCAGAGCAAAGAAAACCGGUCAGUCAACGAGAAGCUAGUCAGUCUGGAGAAUUCCUACACAACAGAGAGCGAGCGGAUGCGUGGCGAGCUGAGCCGAUUGCGCGGCGUGGAGGAAGAGGCCAGGAACAAAACCAACCAGGUGUCCUCGCUGCUGGAGGAGCUGGAGAGGCUGAGGAAAGAACUGAGUGCCACACAGCAGGAGAAGAAGACCAUCGAGGAAUGGGCACAAAGCUACCGGAACGAAAUGGAGAAAAUGGUCUCAGAACUGAAGGAUCAGAAUGGCUUGCUGAAGAAAGAGAAGGACGAGUUGAACAGGUUGAUUCAGGAACAGAGUCAGCAGAUGACAGAGAAAAUGGCUCGUGCGAUCGCACAGGAGACUCAACAGCUGGAGACGGAUCUGAACGAGGAGCGAUCUCGCUAUCAGAAUCUCCUGACAGAACACCUUCGCCUCGAGGAGAAAUACGACGACCUGAAGGAGGAGAUGGCUUCCUCGAACGUCUCCAAGCCUGGCCACAGGAGAACAGAUUCCACCCACAGCAGCAACGAAUCAGAGUACACCUACAACUCAGAGUACGCCGAAUUGGAAGAAGGUUCCCGUGCCGCCGAAGAUGUGACUCGAGGAAUAGACACCUCACUGACCCUCAAGCUGCAGAAACGUCUCACAGAGCUGGAACAAGAAAAGCAAUCGCUGCGCAACGAGCUGGAAAACAAAGAGGAGCAGUUCCAGCGGGCUAGAGCCAGGGACGACGCAGAGUUUAAGAAGGCCCGUGGUGCCGAGCUGGAGUACGAGUCCCUGAAGCGUCAGGAGCUGGAGUCAGAGAACAAGAAGCUAAAACAUGACCUGGCGGAGAUGAGGCAAAGCCUGCUGAGUGACGCAGCUGCAGGUGCCGGGGCCCCGGGCUCGCCAGCCUACAAGGUGCUCCUGGAGCAGCUCAACGCCUCCUGUGAGGAGCUUGAGGUCCGUAAGGAGGAGGUGCUGAUCCUGCGCUCCCAGCUGGUCAGCCAGAAGGAAGCCAUGCACCACAAGGAUGAGAAGGAGACCAUGACCGAGCCAUCUGUCUAUGCCGAGGAUGUGUCCAAAUUGAAAGACGCUGACGAACUCAAGCAAGCUUGCAUUGGCCUCAAAGACACCAACAGGUUACUGGAGCAUCAGCUGCAGACUCAGCGGAGGACUUACGAUAACGAGGUGGAGGCGUUGCGCGGCGAGCUGCAGAAUGUGAAGGAGGAGAACAAUCGUCAGCAGCAGCUCUUGGCCCAAAACCUCCAGCUGCCUCCAGAGGCCCGAAUUGAAGCCAGUCUGCAGCACGAGAUCACCCGACUUACCAACGAGAACCUGGAACUCUUGGCUGACGACCCCACAGCGUCCCGAGAGGCUCGAGUCAUCAUUUUACGACGGAUGGUUGAUCUAAUGGAGCAGUUGGAGAAACAGGACCGAACCAUCCGCAAGCUCAAGAAGCAGCUGAAGGUUUACUCAAAGAGGAUUGGAGAGAUGGGAGCGGGUCAAACCGAGGGCCAAACAUCUCCCGGACAGAUGGUGGACGAGCCCAUCCACCCUGUCAACAUUCCCCGCAGGGAGAAAGAUUUCCAAGGGAUGCUGGAGUACAAGAAGGAGGAUGAGCUCAAACUGGUCAAGAACCUCAUCCUGGAGCUAAAGCCUCGCGGUGUAGCCGUGAACCUGAUCCCAGGUCUGCCAGCAUACAUCCUGUUCAUGUGUCUGAGACAUGCAGAUUAUGUCAAUGAUGACCAGAAGGUCCGCACUCUGCUCACGUCAACCAUCAACAGUAUUAAAAAGAUUCUGAAGAAACGAGGAGAUGACUUUGAAACAGUUUCUUUCUGGCUGGCAAACACCUGCCGCUUCUUACACUGUCUGAAACAAUACAGCGGCGACGAGGCCUUCAUGAAGCACAACACACAGAGGCAGAAUGAACACUGCCUGUCCAACUUUGACCUGGCAGAGUACAGACAGGUGAUCAGUGACCUGGCCAUCCAGAUCUACCAACAGCUGAUCAAGUGCAUGGAGAACAUCCUCCAGCCCAUGAUAGUCUCUGGCAUGCUGGAACACGAGACCAUCCAGGGUGUGUCGGGGGUGAAACCCACAGGCCUCCGUAAACGUACAUCUAGCAUCGCCGACGAGGGCACCUACACGCUGGACUCCAUCCUGCGGCAGCUCAACGCUUUCCACUCUACCAUGUGCCAGCACGGCACCGACCCCGAGCUCAUCAAGCAGGUGGUGAAGCAGCAGUUCUACAUCAUUGGAGCCGUCACCCUCAACAACCUGCUGCUGCGCAAGGACAUGUGCUCCUGGAGCAAAGGCAUGCAGAUCAGGUACAACGUGAGCCAGCUGGAGGAGUGGCUCAGAGACAAAGGUCUGAUGACAUGCGGAGCCAAGGAGACCCUGGAGCCUCUGAUCCAGGCUGCUCAGCUCCUGCAGGUGAAGAAGAAGACUGAUGAGGAUGCUGAGGCCAUCUGCUCCAUGUGCCACGCCCUCACCACUGCUCAGAUUGUGAAGGUCCUGAACCUCUACACUCCAGUCAACGAGUUUGAGGAGAGAGUGUCGGUUGCGUUCAUACGAACCAUACAGACUCGCUUGCGAGACCGCUGUGAGAGUCCCCAGCUGUUGAUGGACACGAAGAUGAUUUAUCCGGUCACUUUCCCAUUCAGCCCUUCCUCACUCGCCCUGGAAACCAUCCAGAUCCCCAGCUCACUCAACCUGGGCUUCCUCACCCGUGUAUAGACACUCCAAAAUUAGGAUUUGUUUUAACUCAAUUUGAGCGAUUAUGUCCCCAAAAUGAAUUGAAAAGUCUCAAAGAGCUGCUAAUUUGAAACACAGGAUCCAGCUCUCCUAUGCUGUCCCUGGUCAGAACACACAUAACAUGCAAAAUCACACACACAAACACAUGCUGAACUGACACCAUGCAUCUGUACGAUACUUCCAUCCUCUGAACGUACACAUGCCCGCCUACACUCAUGUGCACCUUCUCUCUUAAAAAAACGCACAAACCCAAACACACACAGUCGCCGUUGGUGGUUUAAAUCCGGCUGCAAAACUCUGCUUGUACAAAUGCCUGCCUCUUAGAGAAGCCACAGGACCAGAUCAACGCCUCCAGUAUUUGCUCUCCGCUGUCACCUGGGUCUUAGUGGUCUUGACCCUGGUCAUCAUAGUUCCCUCUGCUGUGUUUCAGGUAGUUGUUAAGGUAGUUCUUCUAGUCAUCGUCUCUUUCUCCAGUGAGAAUGUAUGUACCGACACGCAAGAGCAGGACCGAAAGGAUGUCCUAGACAUCACCAAGUCUAGCUUGAUAGGAUGGAUGUCUGUUUGAUAGGCGAAGUGAGUUCUGAGCCUCGGUACAAAGCCAGAUGAGUGACAAAGUUGGCUCUCUCCACUCCAUGUUGAGGUAACCUGGACCAGGCUUCAGUCUGUAUGCUGUCCUUUUACUCUGUGAACACAGUCAAGCCAAGACAGAGCUCAUCGUCUGUACUAUAUUAUUUAUACAUAUAUAAAUAUAUAUAAAUAUUAAUAGAAUAUAUCAUGUAUUUUAUUUAUUGCAUUCACCACUGUCCUGAACCCUCCAUUUUAAGAUUAGCUUCCUCUUUGUCAGAAUACACAUCUAGUAGCUUUGUAGGCACAGUUUUUAGUUUUAGUUGUACGCUAUUUAUGUGGACAUCAGGUAAAUGAUGUAGUAUAGUUUAAGGAGUGCCGACACAGGUGAUUAUUUAUUAGGUCACGUCUUAACUUGGAUAUGUCAAUUUGCCAUGUUUCGUCUGCAUUUCUGGCAGAUGAAGUGUAGCAGAAUUUUUAACUGAGAGGAAAUUUAGAAGAAGUGUGAGGUUCAGAUUCCAUUUCUACUGUUUACAGCUGUGACUAGAGCUGAGUGUCACAGGAAUCACUGGCACAGAGAUAUUUACUCUCUCACACAUACACACACACACACACACACACACACACACACCACAACACUCCACUCUGCUUACUGCUGUAUCACUGGGAGGUUUGCACUCCCAGAGCUUCUCUCUCUACUCAUCUUCACUGGUCACAGCUCUAGUUGGAGCUUUGAAAUGUUUUGCUGUUAUCAAUGUGGAAUUAUUUAUUUCAGUAUUGUCAUUUGCUUGAGUAUAAGAGUUAUGUAUAUCGUAAAGCCAUGUAUCGCUGAGCAGAGGGUUUCUCUGAAGUUGGUCUUUGGAGACUUGCCUCAAACCUGUCCAGCUUUACAACAGCGUUUACUGCUUUAUUCCCGCCAUAGCACUAAUUGCAGCAUUGUUUACCGAUUCCUCUCCACGCUGUCCACCCUGUGGCCUUCUGUUUCAUGACACAGAAAGCGCAACAUGGGCUUGUUAAUUAUGAAAAACAACAAAAUACAUGGACCUUUUUUCACAUCUCAACUGCACCGUAGAGUCAAGUUCAGGGUUUCUGACUCAGAAACAUUUUGUCUUUUCUAUUUGUUUUGGGUCAGAUACCCAGACAUAUUUGGUACUUGCUUUCCAAGGCUGAGGUUGAUAUUGCACCACACUUAUUACUCAGUCAUUAUGGCUACAGUGUGGUAUAAAAACUGCACAGCAGACUGCUGCUGCCGUCUUUAUCUAACCUGUACUGGCUUGGCUUUACCAAAUUAACUUUUUUUUUGUACAGAGAAAAGCUUGGUGUAGUUGAGAAUGAUUGGAUGGGUGUCAGGGAAUCCGCCCACAUUGUUGCAAAAAGUCCUCGCCUGUCUGCAUUUGCAUUUUUCUGGCUGCCUCGUCUUUAGCACUUUAGCUUGUUUACUUCCCGCUGUGCCAUUAAUAUCAACAUUCUGCUAAAUUUGCCUCUUUUCCUCACAUGACCCUUACUUUUGCCUCAUGAUCUUACCCUUUCCAAAAGAUUCCCUUUGAUGGAAUUUUUUUUUAAGGUACCCUCAUCUAUGAGAGAUUGUGAAUAGUCACCAAAACUGGACUUUUUGAUUUAAUGUUUUAUUGAAUCUAGAAAUGAUUAUUCUGAAGCAGCCAGCCAACCAUUGAAGCAUGUAGAUCAAAAAGGUGUUGCAGUACUGAGAGCCAGGGAACCAUCAGUGAACUGGUGAAGAGACAGUACGUGCUUAAACAAUAAGAAUAUUUCACUGAGAUGAAGUAUCUCGUUCAGUGCCACAUUAAGCAGACCACUCUCAUUCUGACAGGAACCAGAGAAGAGAGAGAAUUUAGGGUGUGAAGUUGUUUUAUGUUGCACUUGUAUUUGAAACGAGUUUGCUAUCGAUAUGCUUUCAUGGGGACCAUGUUAUCAAUCUGCCUUUUGUUAUAUAUUUUGGAUUAAUGGGUAGUUUAACGUAUGGUUUGUGUCGAGAGUACAUAUCUGCAGGUUGUGGCAAGGAAGACAGUCAGUGAAGGACAAUUAUCACAUGAAUGUUUAAUGCUGUUAAUAAAGUGUGUCAUGCUUUUAGCUGCAUAUUGUGGGCAGAGCCUUAUCUGAAUUAUUUGCUAUCUGAAUGACUUAAACACAUGAUCAACAUUGUGGCAUUGUUUUGUUCUGUCAGUUGUUCUUUUCCCCUACCGUAAAAUGAGUAUCAAUUGCUAAAUGUGAUCAUUUUUAUUUUGAUAAGGUGUCGUUUUGUCCCACAGUUGGUGUCACAGAUGGGUUGCACUGGUUAGCCAUCAGUCAAAACACACUUUUUAAAUAUUGCUGAGUAUGUUAGAUAAAUAAUAGAUGGAUAAUGGACUGUAAAAAAACUUCACAUUUACAAACCUUUCUUCCUUUGAAUCUUUUUAGUGCACUGUGGCCAAUUAAGCUUCCUCUGCUACAUUCCCUGUGUGGAUGGGUGCUUCACUUUCUUAAUCAGUGAUUUAUUUAUUUUGCUUGUCUGUUUGUUUUAUUAUCAAUCAAUGCAAGAAACACGAAACAAGACGUUUGUUUCGUGGAUGCGGCACUGGCCUUCUCAGACUGGGCCAGGCUAAUUUUUGUGGACUGAUCUAUCGAGAGUGCAGAGUGGGAAAACUGGCCUAGUUUCAGAGGAAGAAAUAAAAAUACUCGUUCAUUCACUGGUUCGUAUUGUUAAGCAGAACUGUGGCGUCUUGUUCCCAUGGGCUUCUCUUGGGCUCUUACACGGGAGAAAAUAUCAUUCCUUCACUCUGCGCUAUCACAUUAAGGAGAGAGUUGGUUGUAUGAUACGACGUACACAUUAUAAAUGACCAUUGGUUCUUUUCAGCACUAGCGUUGAUUGUGCCAUUUUAAAAAAGAAGAAUUACCCCAGCUGUUUGUGGUACUGGUAUGAACAUACUGAAGCCAGUCCUAAAUGUUUUCUCUCUGACCCAUGUGUACAUUUGACAGACUGGACUGUUUGUAGUUUCUGGUAGCUGUGCUUAGUGAAUGUGUUCACCGUUAAGAAUCUAAGAAACUUGUCAAAUAAAUUGUCAAAUCUGUAAAAGUAAAAUAAAAGAAUUCAGCACCGUCA